GAGACAGUUCCAGCCCCUUUUCACACAGACACCACACUCUCCCCUCCUCCCCUUCCCUGCUCUGCUCCUCGCACUGUCAUACAUGUCUCCACAUUCAAGUGCCUGCCUCUGCCUGCGUCCUUGCACUCUCCCAGUACAGUGAUCCAUGUCGGACUGCUGCUCCGGCUGCUGAACUUCUUUGCCGUGGUACCUUAGACGCUGGAAAGUUACUGCUGCGGGUGGUAGCGCGCUUGGGGAGGAGGGAGGACUAGGGGAGCGCGGCGGAGAUGAGGAUGAAGACGCUGGCGUGCUGCCGGCGGCGGCCGCAGGAUUUGAGCAUCGACAUGGACCAAGAGCCGGACAGGGUGAUGACAUACAGUGGCCUAGAGAGCCGCAUUAUCAACAGUCCAUCCUAUGAUGAGGAUAGUGGCAUUAGUGCAACAACUGGGGCAGAUGACUGUGUCGCCACCGAUUCCCUUGACGAUGAAGUCUCAAGCUGCUCUUCUAGUAAAGAUGCUUGUGGCUCUUCCUUCUCUUCGCACUGCCUUUCGUUGCACAAGCAGGAGAACGAGCAUUCACUUUAUGAAUUGGGUACACCCAGUGCUGUUCAUCCACUUCCUUUCAGAGGGAAGAAACCAAUCACAUAUAAUUUGAGUGCUUCUGAUAUUGAAUACAUGAAGGAAAAGUUUGCAAAGCUAUUGCUUGGUGGUGAUAAUUCAGGAGGAGCUAGGGGCGUUUGCACUGCUCUGGCUUUGUCCAAUGCCAUAACCAAUCUCUCAGCCACUGUUUUUGGAGAACUUUGGAAACUGGAACCAUUGUGUGAAGAGAAAAAGAUCAGAUGGCGAAAGGAAAUGGACUGGUUGCUGUCUCCUACAACUUAUAUGGUCGAGCUGGUUCCGAUGAAGCAAAGUGGAGCUGACGGAUGCAUGUUUGAGAUUAUGACUCCAAAGGCUCGGUCAGAUGUCCAUGUGAACCUUCCUGCUCUUCAGAAGCUUGAUUCUAUGCUCAUUGAAGUGACGGAUUCGAUGGUAGACACAGAGUAUUGGUAUGAGGAGAGUGGUAGCCGAGCUGAUGUGCGGGGAAAAAAUAAUGGUCCACGGAAGAGUAAAAAGUGGUGGCUUCCAUCCCCUUGUGUCCCCGAGCAAGGGCUAUCUCAAUUUCAGAGAAAAAGGCUUGUUUUUCAGGCUAAGCUUGUUCAUCAGAUCCUCAAAGCAGCAAAAUCCAUCAACGAACAAGUCCUAUUUCAGAUGCCUAUUCCCGCAGCUGUUAUGGACGCCCUUCCGAAGUCUGGGAGAGCUAGCUUGGGCGAAGAUUUGUAUCAUGCUAUAACCACGGAGUACAUUCCUAUAGAGGAAAUCUUUGUUUCUCUCAGUUUGAAAACUGAGCAUAGUGUUCUUGAGACUAUUAACCGGUUGGAGGGUGCGGUGUUUGCGUGGAAUCAAAGGAUUUUAUAUGAAAGAAGCAAGCGGUCCCUAGGACGACAUUCCUGGAACUUCAUGAAGGAUAGUUCGUCGGAACUUGAGAAGAUGUCUGCGUGCAUUGAAAGGGUUGAUACUCUUGUGCAGCUUCUGAAAUCCAGAUUCCCCAACCUACCUCCAACUUUUAUAGAUGUUUUAAAGGUCCAAUACAACGUGGACGUGGGGCAUGCCAUUGUGGAGGCCUACUCAAGGGUUCUUGUUGGGGUAGCAUUCAGCAUACUGUCACGGGUAGCAGAGAUACUGCUGGAGGAUGACCUGAUCAAGAAGCCCAACACCCCCAUGGCCACGCUGAAGUUCGACCUCUCGUCUGACGUGUAUCUGGCAGGCAUCACCGAGACUCUACCGGGGCACAUCCGGCGGUCCCUUAUGGACCAGAUCAACCUGGUCGACGGGCGCUUCGACACUGUGGUCAAGAAGAAAGGGGUGAAGCAGCUGAGGUGGUGAAGACAGAUGAUGAUGAAUUAAUGACUGGUGAUAACGCUGUGAAGUUUUUGGCAUUGUACAGGGUGAUUGAGGCUCAGUGCCCGCUCCAUAAGUUUACCUUACUAAUAGUGUAAUGUAAUGUGUUUCGGGACGAGUU